AUGUCCUACUGCUGCCAGUCCCCCGCGGCGAAAAACAGUGCUGUUGAACAAGGGAAGGGACCAAUGGGUAAUGGAGCACCUACCACCAAAGGAAAAGACAAAAGGCAUGUGAAGCCUAACCAAGAAGAGUGGGUCCAGGUCUCCAAAGGUGGAAAAGUAAGGAUGGACAAACCAAAGUUUUCUGGUGAGUCGUCCAGGAAAGCACAAGCACAAGGGUCCCGCUUCUCGUGGCUCCAAGAAAUGUCAGCCCAAGAAAAAAGAAGCUCCUUCAAAAAGAGCCCAUCAGAUACCCAGCCUGACCCAUUAAGUAAUCAUCCAGAAAACACCCACACCGAACCCUUAAACCCAAACCAAGACUUUUCCCCACCACCUACCACCAAACAUCAAGUCUCAACUUCCCAAGUGGGACUGGAAGUAGUCCAAGUACCCUCAACACUAGAUCCCUCAUGCCACCAAGCUGUUAGGGUCAACUCAGAACCCACACCCACAUACCAUAAACCAAUACCUAACCCAACAACCACUCCGAAUCAACCAACUUACCAAAAUGAAUUCCCAAUGGAAAAUUUUCCUCCGGACCCAGAGGCCAUACAGUUGUCACCGGUGUUGGCAGCAGCGAUGGCGGGCAAACAGAUCUCUCCACUCCAAAAGAAUGUUGUGUUAUGGAAGAAGACGCCGGUUCCUUGUCGGUGGUCCCAAGUCCUCUGUAAAGGGUGUUAG